UCUUUUAUUUUAAAUCUUCUCUGCUCCAGACUUCUCACCUCUCCUCCAACCUGGCCAUUCUUUAAACGCGUUAACGCGUUUCCUUGUCGUUACUCUCUGCAUAUAAUCCUCCCUCUCUUUGUCGAAAUUGGCAGGUGCAGAAAUUUUCAUCGCCCAAUUCUCUCUCUGCAUCUGUGCAAUUCUUCUCUCUUUUCUCAAACCCAAAUCCAAUUUCACUGGAUUAGAAACCAGAAGCAACGAAUCACAAGCAAGGAUAUGCCCUUGUUGGAGGAAGAGCUUUUCCCUUCCACGCCUGGCAAGUUCAAGAUCGACCGUGCUCACACCAUGGGCCGCCAUUUCCAUCGGUGUUUUGCCUCUACAAGUACCAUGUUCUUGUGGGCUCUUUUCUUGAUUGCUUUGACCGCUUCGUAUUUGAGUUUCCAGAGCUUUAUUGAUUCCGGUAGCAAGUAUUUAUCCGCUUCUUGGGGCGGUAUUCAGUGGGAGAAACAAGUCCGGAAUUCUGCCCAGAUCCAACGAGCCGGUGGCAUGUCCGUUCUUGUGACUGGAGCUGCUGGUUUCGUCGGUACCCAUGUGUCUUUAGCGCUCAAGAAACGCGGAGACGGCGUCGUUGGACUCGAUAAUUUUAACAACUAUUACGAUCCAUCGUUGAAGAAAGCUCGUAAAUCUCUUCUUGCCAAACACGGGAUCUUUAUCGUCGAAGGCGAUGUCAACGACGCGCGUCUCUUAACCAAGCUGUUUGAUGUGGUGGCUUUCACUCAUGUGAUGCACUUGGCGGCUCAAGCAGGAGUCAGAUACGCCAUGGAGAAUCCUCACUCGUAUGUUCAUUCUAAUAUAGCCGGCUUGGUCACGCUUCUUGAGGUUUGCAAAUCGGCUGAUCCCCAGCCGGCGAUUGUUUGGGCUUCGUCCAGCUCAGUUUACGGCUUGAACGAAAAAGUUCCUUUCUCUGAAUCUGAUCGGACCGACCAACCGGCGAGUCUCUACGCGGCGACGAAAAAGGCCGGCGAGGAAAUCACCCACACAUACAACCACAUUUACGGUCUCUCAAUUACUGGGUUAAGAUUCUUCACUGUGUAUGGCCCUUGGGGAAGACCCGACAUGGCUUAUUUCACGUUCACGAGAAGUAUUUUACAGGGGAAACCGAUCACGAUAUACCGGGGCAAGAACCGGGUAGACCUGGCCCGAGAUUUCACCUUCAUUGAUGAUAUUGUUAAAGGCUGUGUCGGUUCUUUGGAUACUGCAGGAAAGAGCACAGGUUCCGGCGGUAAAAAGCGGGGACCGGCACAAUAUCGGAUCUUCAAUCUGGGGAAUACGUCACCGGUAACGGUACCGACGCUGGUGAGUAUAUUGGAGAAGCACUUGAAAAUGAAAGCGAAGAGGAAGAUCGUGGAUAUGCCAGGAAACGGUGACGUACCAUUCACUCACGCGAAUAUUAGCUUGGCCCGAAGAGAACUCGGGUACAAACCCACAACCGAUUUGCAAACCGGAUUGAAGAAAUUCGUUAAGUGGUAUCUCACGUAUUAUGGCUACAAUCACGGAAAAGUUGUAAAUUAAGGUAUUUUUAUUUUUUUAUUUUUUUUAUAGGCAUUCUUGUUUUCCUAAAAAUCAAGGAGAAAUGGUAAAAAAAAGAAAAAAAAAAUACUCAUUUAAUUUCUUUUUUUA